GAGCGGGAGGGUUUACCCGAUGAUUUCGAAGAAAUUCGUCCCAAAACUAAGCUAAGUCGAGCCGCUGAGGGAACUUCUGGUAUCUCGAACCGAGCGGACGAGAGUUUAAUCGGAUUGGAAGUGUAUCAUCUCCAUGCUCUUGGAUGAGAAUCCAUUAAUGGAGCUAACUGAUGAAAAUGCAACAAACCUGACAAGGCUUCUUUUCGCUUCUGUCAGAAAGGCUGUUGGAGAGAGGAUUGUUCCUGCUUCUCAUAAUCAAAAGCAAUAUUACAAUAGAGCUCAAAAAUUAUCUAAAUUCUUUGUUUCUUACUCCUUAUUAUCAUUCCUCCUCAGCUCAUAUCAGGAUUUAAUUUCUGUAUUAUGUGUCUUUGUAUUACUAGUAUGAUGAUUUUCUCUGCAUUUUAUUGCCACUCACAAAGAAGACUAAAUCUCAACUUGUCUUUUUCCUAAAUACCAUGAAAUAUUUGAAAGCAACAGGUGAUAUAUAACUGUUGCCAUGAUGAAGAACUACCUUGAGCUUCAUUCUUUUAAGCUAGUUAUGAGAUAAAAUUUGUACCUUUUCAUAGUAAGUACUGAUCUGCUUUCCCUUUUAGAAUUUCAGAACUAUUCUUCAGCUCAUCAAAGAUGCAUUUUUCAAGCAUGGUGAGUAGGAUACAUUGAGAUCUUGUGUGAAGGCUAUUAAAUUCUGUUCCACUGAAUGUCAAGGAGAGCUGCAAGAAUUUGCUCGUAAUAAAUUCAAGGAGCUUGAAGAUGAGCUUAUUGUUAAAGCUUAAAUAUGCAACUAAAGUGAUUGUAUGUUUCUAUCUGAGCCUUUUCUUCUUGAUUGUGGCCUUGUUGACCAAAUGUAUAAGGUUGAGAAGUUUUAAAUUUGAAUGAUGGAUAGGAUUAGUAUUCUCUUCUUGUAAAUUUAAAAAGGUUGUACGAGCUUCAAUUGUCAAGGCCUGUAUCAAUUGAAGACUUAUAUGGAGAUGGUAUCACAAUCUUGCACAGCUUCAGAAACUUGGAUGAUGAGGUUGUUCGUUUUCUGCUGCUUAAUUUGAACUUGGUGUUGCCUGGACUUUGCACUCUAUUGUAAACAGUGAAACCGUAACUGAAGGAUCCUUAUCCUCUUUCCUUUCUAAACAUGGCAGCUUGUUGGAGGAACUCGAGUACUUUCUUAAUGCUCCUCCCGAAGUCAGUGAAGGUGGAAAACCUGGAAAUCAACUAGCCUGCAGGAUGUUUGGUGUCUGUUUAGGAAGACUAAUUUUUUUUUCGACAAAGCUUGAAAGAUUGGGAUACUGUCCGGAUGCUCCUAUUCUUCAAAAGUUCUGGAGGCUUUGUGAGCAACAGCUUUAAAUUUCAGGUACUAAGAUACUUUAGAAAGGAUGGCCAUAACUGGAGGAAGAAAAAGGAUGGGAAAACAGUGAAGGAAACUCACGAGAGACUCAAGGCUGGAAGGAUUGAUCUUCUGCAUUGCUACUAUGCUCCUGGAGAAGAAAACGAAAAUUUUCAGAGAUGCAGUUAUUGGAUGCUCGAAGAGUGAGUCUUUAAAAGGGAUCUCUCACACGUUGUUUUUGUCCACUAUCGAGAAGUAAAGGACAUAUUUUAACCGCAUCAAAGAGACUGAAGGAACUAUUCAAUGUUCCCAAGAAACUGAAGGAGUUAUACGCAAUUCUGAGGUGGAAUGAUCUAUGUCUUCCAGUUUUCAUCCUACUAAUGGUCAAAUUCCUUCACAAACAGCGGAUACAACGAGCAUGAACCGUUUGCUGGCAUCAGAAUAUGAAGAUGCCGAAUCAGUCUAUAAUCAUCAAGCAAGCUCACAGUUUCACUCUUUUCUUGAGUCACAACAGCCUAUCGUGGGGAGGAUUGAUACUGGAUUCUCUUACCCAUAUGUUCAUGUGUCAUAUUCAAAUGAUCAUCAUGGAAGGUCAUCUGGCACUGCUUUUCAACUUACUCAACCAGAUAAGGAUGGAGAGUGUAAUGAUGCUGGAAUAACAUGUGAGCCCCACAAGAACAUUGAUUUCACUUCAUGGGAGGAUGUGUUGGAAAAUUGUACUCCUGGGGUUGAAUCUGUGCAAUAUCAGCCACCAUUUUCCUUAAAGCAACAUGAUAUCAUGGGGCAGCUAUUUGAAAACAGCAUUCUUAAAAAGGAGGAGAACGAGAGGCGAUCACCUGCUCAAGAAGAGUGGCAGGCUUCUGAUGGUGAUUCAUCUGAUUUAGCGAAGUGGGCAUUGGACCAGAGGUUGCAUCAAGACUGGAGAUGUGAUCUUACUUCUCGAUUUCAUGGACAAGAAGUUAAAUCACCAUGUGCAUCCAGAAAAGCAACAUGAUCAUUCUAUUCAAAAUAAUCAACUGACAGAUCCCUCAAAUGGAAACAAUGCAUAUGUUUCUAAACCAGAUUCAGAGAGCCAUUUGACACUGGAG